UGUAGUUGUGUCAUUUCACAUUUGUUGUAAAUUGUAAUCAAUGAGGAACGAAGAUUGAAAAUGGGAAAUGGGAAUGAUUUUUGAUAAUAAUUUCACAUUUCGUGUCUCGUUUGAUGCGUUGGAAUAUUUACAAUUGUAAAUAUUGAACUUUCGUCAUUAUUUAGCUUUUUAUCAAUAUUUAUAAGAUUUCGGAAUAAUCAACAAUGACUACUUUUGAUUCUAAGUACGAUAUGUACCCUGCAGGGGAUGUGGGGGUGGUGGAAGGAGAAAUGAAUAUACCCAACCGAGGGGUCCCCUCUGGUGACAGUAUGGAGUUUAAUACCCUUGAUGAGCCAAUUAAAGAAACAUUUCUAAGAGAUUUAAGAGCUGUGGGAAAUAAAUUUUAUCAUGUCCUUUUACCUAGAGAGAAAACAAGUUUGUUAAAAGAAUGGGAUCUUUGGGGUCCUUUAUUGCUGUGCACCUUCAUGGCGACAAUCCUUCAGGGUUCUUCAGAUCCAGACACCAAGAAUGGCGAUGGAGGUCCAGAGUUUGCUGAAGUGUUUGUGCUUGUGUGGAUAGGAGCAGCCAUUGUUACAUUGAAUUCCAAACUUCUUGGCGGGAAUAUGUCAUUCUUCCAAUCAGUAUGUGUUCUGGGUUACUGCCUACUGCCCGUAGCUCUAGCCCUGGUGGUGUGUAGGAUAAUAUUAUUCACUACACAAAACACGUUCCUGUUUUUCCUGCGAUUCGUCAUAUCUAUGAUGGGAUUCAUGUGGGCGACUUUAGCGGCCACAAAAUUCCUUGGAGACAGUCAGCCGGAGGGCAAAAAGGGUCUUGCCGUGUAUCCUAUAUGUUUGUUCUACUUUAUAUUGUCGUGGCUAGUCGUAUCUCACACUGCUUAGACGCACAAACAGUUUAAUUGUGAUAAAGACUUGUAGGUUAAUUGUGAAUAAAUAUUAUCCAAUGUAAUUUAAGUUAAUGUUUAACUUAUAUAAAUGAAUUUAUGACACGUACAUAGUGGGAUGUUUUAAUGUCAUCGCGGAUUCUAGAAUUAUUAAUCAAUGAAUGCAAGUAUGGAAACGAUUUGGCGAAUUAAAAAUUGACCUAUCUAUGGACAGCAAUUUACUAUAAUUUUAUGGAUUUUUUAUGGUAAAUUGGUCGACUAUUCCUAUGCACCUUUACAUUCUGCCUUUACUUUCUAGUAAAGGCAGAAUGAAAAUAAGAGAUGUUGUUAAAUAACAAUUAUCUAAAUAUAUCACUGUUUUAAUGUCUGUUCGAAUCCAAAUUGAAUAUACUCCUUCCAUUAUAUAAUUUUAUCGAUAAUUCAUUAUUUUUCGAUUUAUGGCAACUUUACAUAGAAACAUGGUCAAUAGAAAAGAAUCUUAGUGCAAAGAUUCUAUUUUUUAGUACAGUUAAAUUUCUCUAUUCCAUUUUUUUAAGUAAAUUAAAACAAAAUUGAUGAGUAUAAUACAUUACCAUACCAUUAUGCCCUGUUGAAAAAAAAAGAAACAGCUCAAUUUUGCAUUUCACACUGCAGAGGUUUUAAAGUGUGACUUAUACAAUGAGUUAAUUUCAAGUAUGUUUAGCGGAAAUGGUCAUUACUGUUAUUUAGCAUUUUAUUAAUUUUCUAUUAAAUACAUUGAAAAUAGUGCUUUACUUAUGGCCAUACUCUCUUAAAAGAAUUAAAUUAUAAAAACCUUUGCAUUUAAUAUAAUACGAAAUGUAAAAUGCUCGCAAAAAAGAAGGAAAUACCUACAGCACAUUCCAAUUAAUUAUUUAUUAGGUCUUUCAGUAUUUUUUCUAUUUAUUAUAUUUUUGAUAAUAUUUAUCAUUUCGUCCAAUCUUGUCCACAUUUCAUGGUUUUAAUAGGACCAUCAUACUUAUAUUAAGAACACUUUUGUACAUAUUUAUUAAUAAAAAACAUAUUUUCCG